GUUUUUUUUUUUUUGCAUCAAACCUCCCUGUGCUUGACUUGCAAAGUGCCCUCCUUCAGCCCGAGGUUUGGGGGUAUCGCAGCACCCCAUUUCUUGGCAUGCAGGUAAAAAGAAACAUUUGCCAGCUCCUUGGAGGCUGAAAUCAGUCCGUUAUUCCCCCAAAUCCUGAGCUGAAGACUUCAGGAGUGAGCCAGGAAUCGCUGCGGAAACGCUCCCAUCCUCUGGGAAUUCAUCGAGCGGCUUCGAGGGGCUGCAUUGCAGACCCAGACGCACCAGCAGACAAAAGCAUCGCUGCGACGCCUGCGGCUUCCCAGCACAAAGAGCCCGGCCGACAUCGAGCUCAUCCAUCCAUCCUCGACAGCCUGAAAAUGCUGGACACCAUCAGCAGCCAGUAUGAUUCCUUCAUCUACUGGAGGAUGCCAAUCCCGCAGCUGGACGUGGCAGAGCUGGAGGGGCUGGGGCUCAGCGACAUGGCCCUCUACAAACCCAAAGGAGGGCUGGGCAAGCUCGUCGGCGAGCAGGAUCAGGUCAGCCAGGACAUCUCCCAAGAAGAGGACACACUGCUGCAGUUCAACAGCUUUAAUUUCUGGAGAGCUCCUAUCGCUAGCAUUAGCUCAUUAGAUUUUGAUCUAAUUUGAAGCCCUCCUUUCUGCUCCUCCUCAUCCCCCCAGCCCUCUCCCUCUCUGCUAGGCAUGCGAGGAUUUGAUUUUGUUGUCAGUUUGGAGGGUUGUUGUUUUUGUUUCUGGGCAGUUUUUGACAUCGCUAAUUAACUCAGCAAUUCACCCCAGCCCUGAUGGUGAUGGACUCCCCACAAAGCUUCAACCUCUCGCCACCACCUCCCUCUUCCCUUCUUGCAGUAGUGCUGGAAACGCCACAACGGUGCAAGCAGGGGGUAACAGCGCAGGGGGCAAACACGAGAGGAGCGGGCAGAAACAGCCACCCUGUUGCCCCAUGUCCACAUGCCAGCAAGCGCGGGAGGUGCUGGGGGAUUUCUGCCACCACCCCACACCCCGUGGCUGUGUGACCGUCAGUGUCCCCAUGCUCUGGGACAAGCGUUUGAGCUCAUUUCUCGUGUGCUUUUUUAAGACACUCAUUUGUGCAAUGGGAGCAGCGCAGGGCUGAUGGGAAUCGUCUUCAUUUUGCAGAAAGCAUCAUCCCUGCUCCUCUCCCAGGGAUGCAGAAACCCUCUGUGCUCCCCUGGCCCAGUUUCUCCAAAAGCUGCUUCACUCCUUAACCUUUCCCUCAGGAAUGCAAGGUGGAAGAGGCAGGGAUGUGCCCAGGACAUGAGCACAAACCUCUUGAAAGAAAUAGUCUCUUUGAGCUUUGUGGCUUGAGCCCAAGCAGGAGAAAUUAUGGACAUGAGGGUACAUACACAUGGAAAUGCUCCUACCUUGUGUGGUGGGGUCAAGGCUGGAUGUUCACUGCCCAAAAUUUGAUUUUUUUCUCCCUUUUUUAUCCCCCACAUGCAACUCCUGACUGAGACAGAGGCCGGGUACAUCAUGCGGUCCAGAUGGGUAACAGGGGCUGAGCUGAAAGAUAGAGAAUUUAGUUUGAUCUUCCCCUGAAAAUAAAUGUUUCUGGUUCCUCACCCAAUUAAUCAAUGCCUUUAGAAGUAACAACAAAAAAAUGCUGCAUUCACUCAAGUGGAAGCCUUGCAUUUUCCUUGCGGAGGUUUUCACCUGUGCUCUCUGCAGGCUGAGAUUUAUUUCUAAGUGUCAUCUCAAAAUGGGGGGAAAACUACUCCUGAAUCAUUUUUGGCUUUUCAACAGUUUUUUUCCCUAAGAUUGUUUCUGGGCGAGUGAACAUGGCUGGUUUAUCUUCUUGAAUGUGCUGGUUUUGGGGUUUGAUUGGGGUGAAGUUAUAUGGAACAUCCCAAAACUGUCCUAAGAACUGGGGGGGAAAUACAUGGCUGGGAUGAGGCUGAGGCAGCACUUAAUAGAUGCCUCCCCCACCCCCCCAAAAAAAAAAAAAAAAAAAAAAGGCAAAUUGUGGAAAUCUGUGCACUCUAUUAUGAAAAGGGAGCGCAGCUCUCCUGUAAUCUCCAGAAACAACCCAGCCUGCUGACUUUGAACCACCCAUGUAAAAAACAGAGGUGAAAAAUGUAAACUUGCCUAUGCAGAGCUGUUUGAUUUCUGUGCUCCCAGCUGGGAAAAUCUGCAGAAGUAUUUAUUAUGAAACUUUAAAUAAAAUGAUUUAAAAACACACACAUUCCUGUGGACACUUAAAAAAAUCAACGUAGACCAGCAUCAAGUUCUUUCCCUCAUUUGCCAUUAAAUUGUUUUAAAUCUU